AUGGUGUAUACACUUUGCCGGGAACAGCUGAAUGCUGGAGGCGGAGCAGCAUCUAUGCGGGCUAUGCGGAGUCGCUCGAAAACAUAUUCCCGGGACUCUCCAUUGAGAUUGAGAGUUUGUUCGCAAAUGCGAAUGAACGCAGUCGGGAAAUUUGGAAUCCCGCUCGUAUUCUGGAUUCCCCUGCAACACUUUCAAAAUGAUUCGUGUGACUCGCCAGAGAUUGGCGUCCGAACACCGGAUAGAGUUCCAGCUGCAAUGCCACCGAACGCGGGUGCCAUUGUUAUUAAUUAUUGUCCUUGGCUUUUGGACAACAACAUCCCGACUGCGAUAGAUAGCAUAGCAAUGAAAAUAAGACUCGGAAAGUCGGGUGAAAAAGCCGAAUGGGUCAUCGAGCUGACCGAACCGAUAUUAUUAUUAAAUUUGGGGAGCACCAUUUCGAUCGUUCUAGUUCUACUCCGGAGCUUCUGUUCAGUAGUUGAUGAGCCGAAGGACGACGUGUUGAUCUCGCGCAGGUCAAAGGGACUUGAGCAAUUUAUUAUGGGUCUGAACGGAGAAGUGAAAAAGAGCAGCGAUGAUGCCGAGGAAGAAGCCAAGCCAAGCACGCCGUCGGGAAUCGACUUCACCUCUCAUCCUUCCACUCACUCCACGCCAUCGACGCGACAUAACUUGAUGUAA